CGGGGUAAAAGCAAUUGGAGAGAGACGAAUCAGGCGAUGGCGUCGUGCGGCGGCGGAGGCGGCGAGUGCCACCAGUCCCACUGCCAGCGCUCGGAAGAAGACGGCGGCGCGGAGGAGGAGACGCGGGAGAGAGUCGCAAGCCUCUCCUUCGCUGGCGACUCGCCCACGUCUUCGGCGACCGGAGACGGGGCUCUGGAGCGGUGCACCAAGUGCGGAGAGACAGUGGCGGCGGCUGCGCCAAGGGCGGUCAACGGACUGUGCGCGGCCUGCUUCCGUGCCUACCUUUUCGGCAAGUUCAAACUCGCCGUCACCACCAACGCCAUGAUCUCGCCCACCGAUAACGUCCUAGUUGCCUUCUCCGGUGGCCCCGCCUCCAGAAUAGCUCUACAAUUUGUUCAUGAGAUGCAAUGCAUAUCACUGAAGAACUGGGAUGCGAGUAAAUCUCAAGCUUUACCAGUUUUUGGUGUUGGGGUUGCUUUUAUUGAUGAAAGCGCCAUCUCUAUUGGCCCAUUACAUGAGAUGAAUAAGGUCAUUGCACAGAUCAGAUCGAUUGUAUCAACAUUAUCUCCUGCUCAUAAGGAGUUGCAUAUUGCACCCAUUGAGAACAUCUGUUCUACGAGUUCUAAUGAUGGAAGAAUUAGACUGAAUGAGUUACUGGAUUCAGUUACUGAUGCCACUGGAAAAGAAGAUUUUAUGAAGUAUUUGCGCAUGCUUACUUUACAAAAGAUUGCUCUGGAUAAUGGAUAUAGCAAGCUUUUGUUGGGAUCAUGCACAUCAACGAUAGCAUGCCAUGUAAUAUCCGCAACUGUGAAGGGUCAAGGUUAUUCCUUACCUGGAGAUGUGCAAUAUGUUGAUGCAAGGUGGGAAGUGCCAGUAGUCCUUCCUCUUCGUGACUGUACAGCAGAGGAGCUAAACAAGCUCUGUCAUCUUGAUGGUUUGGAGUUGUUGCAGCUGAUCAAGAGGCCUUCUAAUAGCAUCAACAGUUUGGUCUCAUCAUUUGUUGCACGCUUGAGGGAUGAAAACCCUUCUCGAGAGCGCACUAUUGUAAGAACAGCAGAAAAGCUUAGGCCAUUUUGUUUCAAUAAGUUUGUUGAAAAUACUUACCACGAAUUCGUGCCUUCCCGAUUGCGUUGCAAGUUCCAGAAUAUAAAUAAUAGUGAAACUGCUCUCUCCGAGGUUCUUUGCCCAUUAUGUGGGAGUCCACUCAGCGAGCCAGAAGUCCAGAGUCUGAGAAACAUUCAGGAAAAAACCCAAACACCGGUUGAAAAUUUUGCUGCACAUUGUUGCCAGAGCUGUUCAUUUCAGAUCUUACCAAAGGGAGCAGAAUCUCUUCAACAGUUCUAUACUGUCCUUCCCCAAUCAGUGACAGUAAGAGUGACUGAUGGCACAUCAGAUCAUAGUCAAUUAGGGGAACUGAUUGAUGAUUACCUGCUUGUUGUUGAUGAUGAUGAUGAUGAUGGAACCUGAACUUCAUUUGCAUGCUGAAUCAAGCUUUGGUGAUGGCUGAAUCCAACCCAUACGACUUUUCUGCCUAUAUGGAUAAUUAGCUCCUAAUAGUGAGAUCUGGAGCAUGAUUGCAUCAAUGUAACCUCAACUGCAGGUUUCUGUUGUUUCUAAUUUUAUUAUUUAAUUGAAAAUCCUCUGUAUCCAACCUCUCUUCCCAAAUAUGAUUGUUGACGUGCUUUCUUAUCUUACUGUCAGUUCCUAUGUA